AUGUACUGGUCCUUGGACAUGCUGCCCUUGCCUCCUUAUGUUGAGCUUGGUGUCCACUCACUAAGCGGCCUUCUGUGGACUCUCCUGCUCUUGUUCCUGUGGCACUGUUAUCGGAUAGGCUCGGACCUUCCAAUGGCGGAUCACGCAGGCGGGGGAAAGAUGAGCUCAAGAAGCUCUGCAAUGUCUUUUGGUGGAAGCUGUGCAGGAACAGAGUAUAAAGCGCAGUCCAAGUUUUACAGGGGUGAUCUUAAGAACCGUUUUAUAAGCAUGGAAACAGAAGAGGAUGAGGAGCUCGAGCAAGGCUACCUCACAUCAGUGCUGAGCCAUGCCUUAUUCCCAGCACAGGCAUCCGCUCAGGCCAAGAAACUGUACUCAGCCCUGCAGGAAUAUGCCAAACGCUACAGCUGGGUGGGAAUGGGCCGCAUUCAUAAAGGCCUUCGUGAGCAGAUGAAACUUAAAGAUCACUCAACUAUACAGAAGCCACAUCUCUUCUUCUUGCCAGAUGUCCCAAGUGUUCCUUUUUUUCCUCGUGAUGCCCAUCGGCAUGAUAUUGAUCUCUUGGAAGCCAACUACCCGGUAAUCUUGGCUGAGUUCCAGGCUGUUUACCAGAGAGGCAUUGACUCCAAAUUUGGCUGGACAAGUGUGGGACCAAAGGGCCGGGCAGUGUUUCCACUGUACAAUGCAGGCGUGUACGUGGCAGCCAACUGUCGCUCCUGUCCCUGCACAUACCGGACACUGCUGUCUCUCCGUACAUUUAUAAGCAGCAACUCCUUGGGAUCGGCUGGAUUUUGGUUGCUGGGACCUGGUGUUGCACUGGGGAGCUCAUACGGACCCACUAAUACGCGACUGCGGUGUCAUCUAGGUCUGCAAACUCCCGCUCUGUGUGAGCUAGUGGUGGGAGGGGAGCCUCAGUGCUGGUCUGAGGGACACUGCCUGCUGGUGGAUGACUCAUUUCUUCACACUGUCUCGCACAAAGGGCCCCCAGAUGCUGGCCCUCGAGUCAUUCUCAGCGUGGACGUCUGGCAUCCGAAUGUUGCGGCAGCUGAGAGACAAGCGUUGGAUUUCAUGUUCAGUCCUGAUCUCUGAGCAAUUCAUCACUUUGAGCCGUGACUCCUGAAUCCACUCUGACCUCUGAACUCUCUGCCAGUUAUGCAACACGUGGAGGUGCCUGUUGUUUCGUACAUUCCACCUUAGUCUAUGGCUCAUGGUGUGCAUUAGCCUUGAAAACCAUGCUGGCCAUUUCCUGCACUUUUGACCGCUGAUGCACUCAUGGUGCGUACAUGAAAAUAUUAUUAUAGAUGAACUUUGGUUGCCGU